AUGGCUGGUAGAGGUGGGGUUGAGAUGUAUAAUAAAAAACUCACAUGGGAUGGGUUAGUUCCACCAGAAUGUACACCUGAACCAUCCAUCCUACGAUUGAACCCUGAUCGCCAAUGGGAGGUAGCACGAGAGCCUCUUCAUUUGGGAAUUGACAUCAACAGAACAGCUGGAAUUGGUCCUGGUAUCCCAUUUGCUAAGGAACUGCUAGCCAAAGCUGGGCCAAAAGCUGGCGCUGUGGGUUUAGUUCCAUGUGCUAGAGGUGGCACUUUAAUUGGACAAUGGCUUAAAAAUCCUAGCAAUCCUAGUGCAACCUUUUACCAAAACUUCAUUGAACGAAUCAGAACAUCCGAUAAAGAUGGAGGGGUUGUGCGUGCUCUUUUCUGGUUCCAGGGAGAAAGCGAUGCAGCUAUGAACGACACUGCUAUGAGAUACAAAGACAACCUAAUGAAAUUCUUCACCGACAUCCGCAAUGAUAUAAAACCUAGAUUUUUACCCAUCGUUGUUGUUAAAAUAGCCCUCUACGACUUUUUCAUGAAGCACGAUACUCAUAACCUGCCAGCAGUGAGGGCAGCACAAGAUGCAGUUGCAAAGGAGUUGCCUAAUGUGGUGACCAUCGAUGCCUUGGAAUUACCUAUAAACUUUACAACAAACGAAGGACUCAACCUAGAUCAUGGUCAUUUUAAUACCUCUACCGAAAUUACUUUGGGUAAAUGGUUGGCUAAUACCUACCUCUCCCACUUUGGUCAUUUACUUUAA